AUGGGGAGCGGGGAGGGUGUGCCCAUAGUGGGUGCUCGGGCUCAGCAUCACUGUCCCCCACCAGGUCCCCGGGGGAAGGGGGAGAAGCCCCCCGUGAAGGAGCCGCGGGGCAAAGCCAAGGUGCAGCACCCGGACCCCCCGCAGCCGGAGCACGACUUCCUCGGCUGCAUGUCCAAGCGCUCGGGCCUUCCUCGCUGGAUCCUGGCUGCCUGCCUCUUCCUCUCCAUCAUGGUGAUGCUGUGGCUGAGCUGUGCCAGUUUGGUGACUGCCCCCGAGCAGCACGUCAAGACCCAGACUCUCAGCAUCAACGGGGACAAGGAGUACCUGGAGGACCUGGACGGCCCCGGCGCCUUCCCCCUGCCUCCCGUCAUCGCCGUCACCCUGUGCCCUGCACACGGCGGCGAGGACGCGGGGCCGCUGCCCCUCAAGGUCGACCUGGACAAGACCGUCCUGUAG